AUGGAGUCGCCAACUGGAAAUCCUGAGUCUCCUUUGGACGAUGAUACUCCGAUUCCAUGCCAGGGCUGCGGUGAGAUUUUGGAAGAAGGCAAAGCGUUCGAAUUGGCUGGGAAACGAUGGCAUAUCGAUUGUUUUCGAUGCAACACCUGCGGCACCUUUCUCGAUUCGGACGCAAACCUCCUUCUACUCGGCGAUGGGUCACUCAUCUGCAAUAAUUGCACGUACAGUUGCAGCUCUUGUGGAAAUAAAAUCGAGGAUCUCGCAAUCCUUACUGGAGACCAGGCAUUUUGUGCCAAUUGUUUCAAAUGUCGCAACUGCAAACGGAAGAUCGAGAAUCUUCGCUAUGCGCGCACAUCGCAAGGCAUUUUUUGUAUGGACUGCCAUGAAUCGCUGAUGGCUCGGAGAAGGAAACGGUCGGCUAGAGCACAACGCCAAAAGGUUCCUAAUGUCCAGCUUGAUAAGUCCCUCCCGUCACUGCCACCAACAAUUGCUCCGAAUAGUGGUUUAGCGGAAUUGGACACACCCUCAACUGAUCCGUCCUCUGACGCCCCGGUUGAAUUACCAUCCUCUCAUCCAAGAUCCGAAUCGAGGAGGGCCUACUUAGGCAACGAUGUAAAUGUUGAAUCCACCGAACCUCAACCCGUUAAUCAAGACAAUCUUAUCCUUCCUUCUAGCACCUAUAAAAGCAAUCGUCAUUCGGCUCUUUCACAUAAAUCUAAUACAUCCGGCGGGGAAGAGUUUCUGAUUCCUGUUGCAUUUGAUCCUACGCCUUCUGAACCUCACUCCCCUAAUCCUUUGUCGGCAACUUCCAAUGGCCCGUUACCAGACUACUUUGGCCGGAAUGCACCUAGAGAAAGCCCUCAAAAGCAGUCUGUCGACAGACCUGGAUACCUGCAGGACACGAGUCACUCUGCCGCAUCCUCUGAGCAACCAAAUCCGUACGAGGAGAAGGGUCGUGCAGAGUUAGACUCUCACAACCGCCAAGCUAGCACGGAAAACUCCAGCACAUCAAUUCCAACACCAUCCCCUGAUAGCAACGAUAAUAUCCGCCAACAGAAUAUAAUACAAAAGAAAUCAGACCCUGGAGCUGAUAUGCAGAGCCGUGCAGACAAAUUCAAGUUGCAGGAUGUCCCCAAAGGCAGAAAGGCCGGGGGCUCUCGGAACACAUCCCGAUCCGACCUUAGCCUGACAACUCGAGCGGAAUCUCCUGUAAAUGGUGACAUUCCUGUGAGCCCGCCACCGCGAGAUUCGGCCCGGUCCGCUACAGAACUACCCAGCGCCUCAGAACUAGACGCCACACCUCCCCGUUUUUCACAAGAAUCACGCUCUAGGGAGAAUGGGACUACUGAACCGUCGAGGUCGGCGAUGCAAUACCCGCCUAAGAGAGGCGAUUCGCUUGAGGCUAAGCUGCACCAAUCUCUCCAAAGGAAAGAAGUGCAACAUGCUCUAAAGCCUACCCCCCCUACAUCUAGUAGCACGAAUGAUGCCACGCCCCCCAUAUCCUCGAAUUUUUCAUCUCCCCCGGUGGACAGAUCAUCGGAGAUAAAGGGCCCCAAGCCGUCAGAAUCCACAGUAUCUAAGCAGGCCUCUGAUACAUUGCCUUCUGGCUCCUCGCCUUCAACCCACAAGCGUACCGCAUCCGGUAAUACAUCAAAACCGAAACCUUCGGAAAAUCGUCGAACCCAUUCUCGCGAUGAGUCUGUGAAUACUCAGCAUUCAGAAGAUCAACGUGGAGCAGAGACCGGUGGCUCUCCAUUGCUGCGCUAUAGUGCGAUUGGAGAUUUCUCACUUGACGAAGAUAUGGCGCGGAUUCUUGGUAGUGACGAUGUUCAGAACCAAGAAUCAUUCCUAAAGCGCGUGUCGAAUUCGGUUCGGCAUGGGAGAAGCUUUAGCGAUAAAGGGGCCCGACUCUCCAAAGAACAGAAAUGGCCUAAGUCACCAUCAACUACCAGUCACUUGGCGAAUGACGUCAGCAGCCCUACUUCCAAUUCCCCUGAAAGUCGAGACCAGCUGGCCUGGUAUAAGAACGAACUCCAAAGGGAGCGCCUGAAUAUUAUUGAGAAGGAUCAGAAAAUUUCAGAGUUGGAAGCUUCGCUUAAUGCUUCGACAAUUAUCAAACACGUUAACGCUGAACUUCGCGAGAAACGGUCCACCAUGGUAUUCCUUGAGGCUCAGAAAGAGAUCGUUAUGCGAGAGCUGGAAGUCCUUAAUGGAAAUAUCUCUGCAGAAAAACAAAGCGGUAAUGCCGUUGAUCUAGGGAAAUUGAGCAAUUCCGUCCUCCGCGAGUUUGCGCAGUCUAUUCAGCGGCUAAAAGAUUCAUUUGCCCCUCAGAUCGAAGAGUUGAUUAAGAAACGAAAUGAUAUACUUGAGGAGCUGUCAAAUCUUGGUCGCAUGAAGGAUAAGAGCUUCCAGGAAUUCGAACAGUUGUCCCUUAAAAAUUCACAACUUGCAGAGCUUAACAACGAUCUGGUCCACCAAAUACAGGGGAUUUAUAAGGUCAAUACCAACUCCAUCAGGGAGGGCGGGCGUAAGAUCCCCAACGGCCUGGGUAUCUACGCCCACCAAAAGGACAUAUCUGUCGCCUCACUCGAUGGUCGGGAACCCAGGCCGUCAAAUGACCUUCAAAUAUCGACUUCCAAUACUCAAUCCGAGGAUGCAGAACCGGCCGCGCUUCUUCAGGGACCACAGGUGGUCAGCAUACGAAAGGGCCAGGUUCGCAAGUUCAAUUGGAAAAAGGGUGGCCAGAAUGUUGCCAAGGGUGUUACUAAGGGCCUCAAGGGCGCUUUCAACUAUGCUGAAGGCAAAUACCAACAACGAGAAGGCCACUUUAUGGAAACAGCCCCGUAUGGAUCUAUAUCAUCGCAAGGUGGAGGGGAAGGGUCCUCACGCGCUCAAAUGCAAGAAUCGUCUCGUCAAGGGUUUGGGUUCUUCGGCAACCAAAAGGCUAAGCCUGGCAUCUGGAAAGGACCCUCCAAUGACAGCACUGUGGCGCUUGUUGAGGUUAAUAACAAUAGUACUAGUAAUGGUGAGAGUUGUGAAGAAAAUAUCUUUUCACUUGAAUUUUUUAGAAUGCUAACUAUGAUUUUUCCCUCAGGACUUUUUGGUUGUGAUCUCGAACAACGGAUCGAGAUUGAAAAAUGUGUGAUUCCCGGCAUCGUCACCCGCUGCAUUGAGGAAGUAGAGCUCCGAGGUAUGGAUUGCGAGGGUAUCUACCGGAAAUCCGGUGGUAGCUCCCAAGUGCAAAUGAUCCGAGAUGGCUUCGAGAAGUCAUCAGAUUACGAUAUCUCUGACCCGGACCUCGACAUCCACGCCGUCACCUCAACGCUCAAACAGUAUUUCCGCAAACUACCAAACCCGCUUAUCACAUACGACGUCUACGAUCUACUCCUGGACGCCACUGCCGUCACGCCAUCGUCCGUUCGUAUAGAUGUGAUGCGUCGCGCCCUCCUGACCCUGCCAAGUGUGCACCGCGACGUGCUGGAAUUUCUGAUCUUCCAUCUCCGGCGCGUCGUGGAGCGUGAGAAGGAGAAUUUGAUGACGAGUUUGAAUGUUGCGGUGGUGUUUGCCCCAACAAUUCUGAGACCCGAGAGUUUGAGUCGGGAAAUGAUCGAUGUGAACAAGAAGAACGAGGUUCUGCAGUUUUUGGUGGAUAAUUGCCAGGAUAUUUUCAUGGGGAUGCAGAAUUAG